CGCGCCCGCGCACUUCAGUCCGCUGCUCAGAAGGCCUGGAAAGUUCCGGCACAGCGGGUCUCCAGCCUGCAACUUGCUUGCUUUUAAAGUACGCUUGAUCCCAGUUCGCUGGCCAGAGUGUCUCGCAGCGGCACAGCGACAGCAUGGAUCGUCUUGACAAAGCGGCGCUGAAUGCACUGCAGCCACCUGAAUUCAGAAAUGAAGGUUCCUUAGCUUCGACUUUGAAGACACUGUUAUUUUUCACAGCUUUAAUGAUUACUGUUCCAAUUGGGCUCUAUUUUACAACAAAAUCAUAUAUAUUUGAAGGUGCACUUGGAAUGUCCAACAGAGACAGCUAUUUUUAUGCGGCAAUUGUAGCGGUGGUGGCGGUUCAUGUUGUGCUGGCACUCUUUGUGUAUGUGGCCUGGAAUGAAGGCUCACGUCAGUGGCGUGAAGGCAAACAGGAUUAAUGUGAACAUUACUUUCUGCUAGUGAUAAACGGAUUUUUAAAAAUAUAGCAAAUGCUUCUGGGGUAUGGAUAAUGAAUACAUAUUUAUUUGAAUAAAUUGAAAAGUUCAUAGUAAAUUCAGUCAUAAGGACAUAUUUGACAAGUAUAUAUUUGGACCCAUUUAAUACAGUGGUUUGUAUACUCAAUUUUGACUUUAUGAAUCUCUCAUUUGCAAAUGUAAAAUUAGUACAUUAAAAUUAAGUAAAUUUGUUAAACAAGGCACCCAUUUUUCUGGGAAGAAUUUAAUGAUGCUAAAACAAAAAUGUUUUUUAGCAUUUUUAUCUUUUGCUUCAAUGUUCUACUGCUCUGGACAUACUAAGCUGUGUAUUGUGAAGCAAGUCUAAAGUUUAGUCUACACUGGAACACCUUCCCUGACAUGAGGAUAGAAGCUACUUGGAUUUGUGGUUUUAAUUUCCUAUAGAAAGUUGCUUAAAUUAUGGGCACUCUACUUAGUCUCAUCAUCUUAGAGAAAGUUCACAGAAAGUGUAAUCGCUAGCCAGUACAAAACUAGGCUAAGCCACAGCAAAAGACUUUGACUGUAGGAUUUAGAGAACAAGAUAGGAGCAGGGUGCCAACUUUGUGCUUUUCAGACCAACCUUUUGCUCCAAUGUUGAUUUGUGUUACAUGGCUUCUGGAAAUUCUUUUUUUAAAUUGUUUCAUUUUUUUCCUACUAUUACUUAAAAAAAUAAAGCAUAUAUGACAGGCA